CUCUGGUCAUGAUCGCCAUGGAUCGGAUAUUAUAUAUACAUAAUUAUGUGAUAAUGUAAAUUUAUUUUGAAAUUUAAUUUUUACAAUUUGUUGUAUUAAUUAAAAGUUAAACAAUGGCGUUACAAAGUGACAACGAGUUAAAAAGACUUUUAAACAAGCCGGCUAAAAAUGCCAGCGACGAGGGUUCGAUGGCUCCUCCAGUAUUCGCAAACGUUCCACGACCAAGUACUUCGCAAAAUCCACAAUCUGCAAUGAAUCCCAUGACACCAGUUCAUAGCACAAAAGAAGUCUUCGAACCUUGUUUACAAAAUGUCGUUUCUACUGUAAAUUUAGGAACAGAAUUGAAACUUACUUAUAUUAAUACUCGAACAAGAAAUUCGGAAUAUAAUCCUGCCCGCUUCACAGGAUUAAUUAUGCGAAUCCGCGAUCCCAAAGCGACUGCCUUAAUUUUUCGUUCUGGGAAGUUGGUUUGCACUGGUGCAAGAUGUGAGGAAGAUUCUUUUCUCGCUGCGAGGAAAUUCGCCAGAAUUAUUCAGAAGCUUGGAUUUCCGGCCAAAUUUCUAAACUUCAAAAUACAAAAUAUUGUCGCCACUGCAGAUUUAAAGUUUCCGAUCAAAUUAGAUAAUCUCAAUCAUAUGCAUGGUCAAUUUUCAAGUUAUGAACCAGAACUUUAUCCAGGUUUAAUUUAUCGAAUGGUUGCACCAAGAGUUGUACUUUUAAUUUUUGUUAAUGGAAAAAUCGUCUUCACUGGUGCAAAGAAUCGAAGUGAUCUUCAAGACGCUUUAACGAAUAUUUACCCGAUUUUAAAGAGUUUUAGAAAACUAUAAAGUUUUUUUUAAUAAAUCGGAAAUCGCAAUGUAUAUAUAAAAUCGAAGCGUAAUAAAUGAUUCUUUCGAAAAGUUUAAA